AUGGCACAUCCUUUCCGGCCCGCAUCGCCUGCCGAGAAACUGCCUGCAUACUACCAAGACACAGGGGACGACAAUAUCCGAUACUGCUUCCGUGACUUCGACUCAGAGCGUAACUUUGAUCUCUUCGACCGACAGACACGAGAACACAAAAGCAGCAACUUCUGUGUCGACUUUGGUGAAGACGAUGCCUUUUGCGCUUUCGAUCUCGACGCACAGGCGUACGACAAGUUGCUCAACUCGCCACGACCAACCGAGCUACAUACGCGAUGGAUCAAUAUUUGGAUGCCCUACAACCAGAAGGAUCUGAUCCGGACCUUGGCCUCACAUUUCGACUUCACGCCACGACUGCUGGGGAUGAUGAAGAGCGACCCCGUGCCGCCGCGAAACAGCCCGUCAUUGCGCACGAGGAAGAGCUCUUCAACGUUGAGAUCGAUGUUGUCACACGCAUCGAGCAAGUCCAGCUCGAUCAAGGAAAAGGCGAAACGGGCAAAUGAAGCGGCUAUGGACUCAGAGUCGAGUAUCGGUAUGACUGAAAUGAUGCAAUCCACACAGCUAGAGCUGGUUAGAGAUUUGAGUCAUUACCAGCUGGUGAACGAUGUGUGGCAUUGGAGCACCGUGGAUCAGGGCCGAAGAUACAUGUGCAUAGGCUACAACUCGCUACAUAACGUUCGCAGCAAGGAAACGGAUACCCAACGUCAUAUCGCGGAUAGGAGCCGCGAUAUACCUCACGGCAAGCGUGUAUGGAAUUGGCUACUCCUAUGUGAGGACAAAACCGUCAUCUCAAUCUCAGAAGACCCCUUCCCAUUCGCCAACGGUCCGCUGAACAAAGACGACCUCAAAGUGCUCUUCACUGUUCGUCGCAAUCUAGUCAAUGUGUUCAGACAGCUGACCAAGGCACCAACGCCGCUUAGAGAUGCGGCGCUCGCUCAACUACCCAUCCGCCAACGCCUUGGUAGCAGUGACGAGGAAACAGCUCACCGUCCUACCGACGCCCCAGGCCUACUCUUCUACUAUCUUUUCGAAGACUGGGGCGCAACCUUCGAUCUCAUCUCCCGUCGCGAACACGGCUACGCCGCUGAGCUAGAUAGACUCCGGCAAGAAAUGCUUCAAAAGGCCAACCUUACACACGUCGACCAGCUCCACCACAUCGGCUGCCAACUCGCCGUCCUAAAGCGUGUAUACCAAAGCUACGAAUUGAUCAUCGAGCGCGUACUCAAGAAACAAGAGGCCACCUUGGCUUCCCUCAAAAACUCUCAUAUCCUGCCCGGCAACGCCUCACUCGUCUCCUCGCACCCCGUGAUAAACGACUCACCUGGUCCUCUCGUCCCAGAAGCCGAUAGCCUCCUCGGUGUAGCACUUAGUUCCGCUGCACGCGUCCGCUUCGAACGGCUCAAAGAUCGUAUCCUACUCUACGCCCUCAGCGAAAUUCAAGAAUGUCUCGAUCAGAAAGAAUCCCUUGUAAUGAUGAACUUCAACCUCAUUGCCCUCAAGGAGUCGUUUAGCGUCGAGCGCCUCACAUGGGUAACUCUCCUCCUCGCCAAAAUAACCAUUUUGUUCACGCCUGUGACACUCAUGACGGGGUACUUUAGCAUCCAGUUUAAAGAGAUGGAAUUUGAGAUGAGGAGUUACUGGCAGGCUUUUGGUAUCAUUUUCGGGAUCAGUGCCGCGCUGCUUGUGUUGUUUAGUUGGGUUAGUGGAACGUUUGAGGGGAAGAUCAUUACGAGGAGUUGGACUAGGGCGGUUUAUGAUGUUGGGAGGAGGUGGGUUGUGCAUAGGCGGAAGAGGGGGAAGAUGCUUUGA